AUGGACAUUGACGGCGAGAACGUGCCACCUGACGGCGGAGACGGCGGGGCAACCAAGAGGAUGACUUUUCGUGACAAGCUAAUGGGGGGAGCGACUGCACCAGCUCCUAAGGUGUUCAAGGAUCUUGUGGAUCAAGGGAAAAUGAAGGUUAAUCUUGUGAAUGGCAAUCGUCUCCUCCCUCAAGUCACGACUGAUAAGGAAGUGAUUGAGGAGAUGUGUGCUCCAUGGCGGGAAUCUUUGAUUGUUUGCCUUUUGGGGAAGAAGCUUGGAUAUAGAACCAUGAAGGUGAAACUUGCAAACACUUGGAGGCUCUCUGGUGACUUUGACCUCCUAGAUGUCGACAACGGGUUCUAUAUGGUGAAAUUUGACAUGAAGGAAGAUCGAGAGAAGGUCAUCAACGGUGGCCCGUGGAUGAUUUUUGACCACUAUUUGGCCGUUUCAACUUGGAGCAGGGAGUUCGUUUCACCUGUGGCCCGUGUUACCAACACGCUAGCUUGGGUGCGCAUCCCAGGCUUGAAUGUAGUUUUCUAUGAUGAAAGCUAUCUCCUCUCUGUGGCCCGUGUGAUUGGGAGACCUAUAAAGGUGGAUAUGAACACGUUGAAUGCGGAUAGAGGAAGGUUUGCCAGAAUUUGUGUGGAGAUUGAUCUAUCACUGCCAGUGGUGGGUAAGGUCUGCAUUGAAGGCUACUGGUACCAGAUUGAGUACGAGGGACUCCAUGUGAUCUGCUCUAAAUGUGGAUGUUAUGGCCAUCGGAGUAGAGAAUGUACGGCACCAACGCCGGUGGCGGAAAAGGCUCCAGACGCAGGGACAGGAGCAGGCGAGGCUACGGCGAAAGAAACCCCGGUGGCGGAGGUCGUGACGCCGGCGGAUGGUGAACCAGGUCAGGAACAAGUCAUGGAGGGCCCAACCCAAGACGUUGCCAUGGCCCAAGGAGAGAACAUUCCGUCAAUUAAGGAUAACAUUAAUGCAGCCGCUGCGAACAAGGAGAUCCCAAGUCUGAUUCUUGAUGCCGGGUUCGAAAUUCAUGGAGAAUGGUUGACUGUGGUUAAGAAAAAGAAAAAACUGUCUCCUAGAACUCUGGAACGUAAAGGGGGGGGGCGAAUCAUGCAGAUUCCAAGGGAGUAA